AGUACGUUUGUGGCCCACAUGUGCUGCUCCUUGAUGUGUUGAAAACGGCGCAGGAUUCAGAUUGAGUGACACUCGUCUGUUCCACCAUGGGCAAGAAGGGCAAAGUUGGGAAGAGCCGGCGGGAUAAAUUCUACCACUUGGCGAAGGAGACCGGUUAUCGCUCCCGUUCUGCUUUCAAGCUAAUCCAACUCAAUCGCCGCUUCCAGUUCCUUCAGAAGGCUCGAGCCUUGCUGGACCUGUGUGCCGCGCCAGGGGGAUGGCUGCAGGUGGCUGCCAAGUUUAUGCCUGUGUCCAGCCUUAUUGUGGGUGUGGACCUGGUUCCAAUCAAGCCUCUCCCCAAUGUGGUGACACUCCAGGAGGACAUCACAACAGAACGCUGUCGACAGGCCCUUAGGAAGGAGCUGAAAACCUGGAAGGUUGAUGUUGUGCUCAAUGAUGGGGCCCCCAAUGUCGGGGCUAGCUGGGUCCAUGAUGCCUACUCACAAGCCCAUUUGACACUGAUGGCUCUACGUUUGGCUUGUGAUUUUCUGGCCCGUGGUGGCUGCUUCAUCACUAAGGUUUUCCGCUCCCGCGACUAUCAGCCCCUGCUGUGGAUCUUCCAGCAGCUGUUCCGCCGUGUCCAGGCCACCAAGCCCCAAGCCUCUCGGCAUGAAUCUGCUGAGAUCUUCGUCUUUUGCCAGGGAUUCCUGGCUCCUGACAAGGUUGACAGUAAAUUCUUUGACCCUAAAUUUGCCUUCAAGGAGGUUGAAGUUCAGGCCAAGACUGUUACUGAGUUGGUGACCAAGAAGAAGCCGAAGGCUGAAGGAUAUGCUGAGGGUGACCUCACUCUCUAUCACUGUUCCUCAGUCACGGACUUCCUCCGAGCUGUCAACCCUGUUGACUUCCUCUCCAAGGCCAGCGAAAUCUUGCUAGAUGAUGAAGAAUUAGCACAGCACCCAGCUACCACUGAGGAUAUACGGGCAUGCUGUCAGGACAUCAAAGUGCUGGGGCGCAAGGAGCUCAGGUCUCUGCUGAACUGGAGAACAAAGCUUCGUCGAUAUGUGGCCAAGAAGCUGAAAGUGCAAGCAAAGGCCCUGGACAUUAGCCUCAGCUCAGGAGAGGAAGAGGAAGAAGGUGAUGAGGAGUCAACAGCUGGGACCACGAGGCAGCCCUCUAAGGAGGACGAGGAGGAAGAACAGCUGAACCGGACCCUGGCAGAGAUGAAGGUGCAGGAGGUGGCGGACCUGAAGAGGAAGAAAAAGAAGCUGCUGCGGGAGCAGAGAAAACAGCGGGAGCGUGUGGAACUGAAGAUGGAUCUGCCUGGGGUUUCCAUCGCAGAUGAGGGAGAAACUGGCAUGUUCUCCCUGCGCACCAUCAGGGGUCACCAGUUGAUGGAGGAAGUAUCACAAGGGGACAUGAGUGCUGCAGACAAGUUUCUGUCUGAUCUGCCAAGGGAUGACAUAUAUGUAUCAGAUACUGAGGAUGACAACAAUGGAUCUUUGGACAGUGAUCUGGAUCCAGAGGAGCUGGCAGGAGUUAAGGGACAUCAGGGUCUAAAGGACCAAAUGCGUGUGCGAUUUGCUGAAGUGGAAGAUGAUAACAAGGAGGAGGAAGAAGAGAACCCACUGCUGGUGCCGUUGGAGGAAAAGGCAGUACUGCAGGAAGAACAAAUGAACCUGUGGUUCUCAAAGGAUGGCUUUGAUGGGAUUGAGGAUGAUGCUGAUGAGGCCCUGGAGAUCAGCCAGGCCCAGCUGUUGUUUGAGAGUCGUCGCAAGGGGCAACAGCUGUUGCCACCACAGUCUGCAACUUUGGAGACUAAGAGAAAAUCUCCCCAGUGCCAGGACAAAGCUGAGGAGACAGAGGCUGCCACUGCCCCUGUGGAGGGAGAAAAAGAUGGCAGCUCAGACAGUGACAGCAGCAGCAGUGAGGAUGAGGAGAGUAAGGAAUCACAGCCGAGUAAGAAACGAAGCCGCAGACCUACAUCAGAUGAUGAUGAUGGGUUUGAGAUAGUGCCUAUUGAGGAUCCAGGUAAGAGCUCUGCACAGAGUGCAAUGGGAAGAGACAAUGGAAGUUUCAAGUUUGGGAAUAGAGCUUUGACUCUUCUGCUCUCUCUAGUGAAACAUCGGAUACUGGACCCUGAAGGCCUUGCACUAGGUGCUGUUAUUGCCUCUUCCAAAAAAGCCAAGAGAGACCUUAUAGAUAACUCCUUCUGCCGGUAUACAUUUAAUGAGGAGGAGGGGGAACUUCCAGAGUGGUUUGUGCAGGAGGAAAAGCAGCACAGGAUACGACAAUUACCUGUUGACAAGAAGGAAGUGGAACAUUACCGAAAACGCUGGCGGGAAAUCAAUGCACGUCCCAUCAAGAAAGUGGCUGAAGCUAAGGCCAGAAAAAAACGAAGGAUGCUGAAGAAGCUGGAGCAGACCAAGAAGAAGGCAGAAGCUGUGGUGAACACAGUGGACAUUUCAGAACGAGAGAAGGUGGCACAGCUGCGAAGCCUCUACAAGAAGGCUGGGCUUGGCAAGGAGAAACGCCAAGUCACCUAUGUCGUAGCCAAAAAAGGUGUGGGCCGCAAAGUGCGCCGGCCAGCUGGAGUCAGAGGUCAUUUCAAGGUGGUGGACUCAAGGAUGAAGAAGGACCAAAGAGCACAGCAACGUAAAGAACAGAAGAAAAAACACAGGCGGAAGUGAGCAGAGCCACUCAAAGAUAGCAUAGAGGAAAGAUUCAGACCGCUUACUCCAGCCUCCAAGGGACGACCUAGUCCUACCCUUACCUACAUCACUUGUCCAGUGAGUGUGGGGUACUUGGAACUCCUGUGGUGGUCCUGAGCAGUGAGGUAGACAUCCUUCUACCUGAAGGAGGAGCUCCCAUUGGAGCACUGCUGAAAUGUCUGUGCUCUGAUGGACCCUACAACCUUCCAUGAAGAAUAUAGGGUAUUUGAAUGAAACUGAUUAAACCUUUUAAUUAACAAGGGAAAAUUCAGCAUUGGGGUGGGCAUUUGUUGUUGUCUAUACUGGGCCUUUCAAAUUUUUACCCAUCCUUUUCCAUUGAAACCAGGAUGAUGGAAGGGAUGUUGUUUCUGACCAUUUAGUUCCAAUAAGUUAAAAAGAUCUGAGCACUUCCCUACAUCUGAGUAUUCACAAUAUGUACUGCAGUAUUCUGUAUCAUGUUACUGACUCAGAAAUGACAAACAAUCCAUAGGUCCCAGUAGUAAAACGUUUACUAGAGCAAGCAGAAAGGAAUGCACAUCUUAAAGAAAUCUUCACACAGUCACAAAAUUUGAAUUUUGUGUAUUUCCUUUCCUUUUAUAAACAAGAUAGAACAAAAAUCAUCAAAAUCAUUUCAGCAAAAGAUUUUUCUACCAUUGUGGCAAGUUAAAAAAAAUACAGUGAGAUAGAAGACACUUUAAAAGCUAUUGGGUUUUUUGUUAAUUGUUUUGUUUUAAAUUUAGCAACAUCUCAGACUUGGAGCAAUUCUGGAAUUGUUUCCAGGAUCACCUUUCCCACUUUGAUCAUAGUGGAUCUGGGAAUCUUCACUUCUUCCUACAUGUCUCAGGGCUGGAUAUAAACCUGGCUAGGGAAUCUGAGCAUCAAACUUCCAUUUAGAAUCAUGGACAUCUCCCUUCCCUGCAAAUGUUUAGAACCCCCAACUGUUUCCCAAACUCAUCCCUAACACCUCAGUGGACUGGGUUUGCAGAAGCCAGCUCCUAAAGAAGACUGGCCACAGCUAAGAAAAAGAAUUAUAUUUGUAAAUGUUUAUAAGGUGACAUUUUAGUAAAAAAUAUAAGGUACAUAUAAUACAAAUGUAGAGUAAGUUUUGUGCCCUAAAGGAAGGUCCUUUCUUCCAAUGUAUCCUCGACUGAUCCUCAUGACAACUCACCAAAAGAAGCUUCUCAGCUCUCACAGUUCCUCAGAACCAAAGCAGCUUCCCAAGGAUACAUCAGAAAAAUGAUUCAGAUGAAGGGGUAAUGUCUCCAAGCCCCAGCUAUCCACUAAGGGCAGGGAGUCCUCGUACCUUGGGCCCCAACCCAGCCCUGAGACACCAAGUUACCAAAAUCUAAAAAUAAAAUUAAAGACAAUUGAUUUCAAGCUUCAGCACAUACCCUCUAACUGUCCCAUCGACUUUUCUUGCGUUUGGGUGGCUCAGGGACAGCAAAACCAUCAGCUGUCUUGCUGUCCAUCUUGUCCAUCUUGUUGCUGUCCACCUUGGGGUCCAUCUUGCUCUCACGAUUACAACCUUCUUUCCUGCUUUCACCAUUCCGACCAUCAUUUACACCCCGACUCUCCCCAUGUCGGCCUCCGCUUCCUCCAUGUCUGUUUUCCCCAUGCCGAUGGCCAUCAGCGUGACGGCUACUGCUUUCUGGGUAGCGGUAUCCAUCUCCAUGGCGACCACCAUCUCCAUGGCGUGGGCUUUCACCAUGUCGAAUGCCACUCUCUCCAUGACUGUGACGGCUGCUACCCCGGUUCUCAGUAUAUCUCUCUCUUUUCCCAUUGCCACCCCCAAUCACUUCUCGGCUGUUAUUCCCUGAAGCUGUGAUGUUGACUCCCUGGGCUCCAGGAGAAGGGUAGGUCACUGGGGCACCGCUGAGGUUUCCAGUGUUGCCAAAUCCUGGGAUGCCCUUGGCGGCACUGGCAAUGGGGCUGUCAGGACUGUUAUGGCCCUGCUGGGCUGAAUUAGUAGGGACAGAAUUCAGGCUCCCUGCACUAGUCCAUCCACUGGCCCCAGCAGCAGAGCUUCCAGCCUUCUGAUUGCUUAAGCUGGCAGCCACAAAGUGGCUUUUGUACUGUGACUAAAAGAGAAAGAGAAAACCAGUCAAAGUAUACAAAAACUGCUGUCUCAGCACUGACUUUAGUACCCUGAUGGCCCCACAGUCCCCUUUGUGUUUUCUGCUGUAAAGGCAAGAUCAUGAAUCUUUGUGGCAAUGUGGACCUGAAUAUUUUGAAAUUUACAGCUUGACUGGCUAGAAUAAACCAUUUAUGUAUGUAGUGAUUCAA